GCUGAAACCCGGGGCAGGCGGCUGCUCCUCCUCACUGCUCCACCACCAUCACCACCUACCUCAACCACCCACCUACCGGCCGCCAUGAAGGGAGGAGAGGGUAAGUGUCACUGUGCUCACCGCUUACAGCAAGAAAAGUAUGUGAACCCUUUGGAAUGAUAUGGAUUUCUGCACAAAUUGGUCAUAAAAUGUGAUCUGAUCAUCAUCUAAGUCACAACAAUAGACAACCACAGUCUGCUUAAACUAAUAACACACAAAGAAUGAAAUGUUGCCAUGUUUUUAUUGAACACACCAUGUAAACAUUCACAGUGCAGGUGGAAAAAGUAUGUGAACCCUUGGGAAUGAUAUGGAUUUCUGCACAAAUUGGUGAUAGAAGUAAAUCAACAACAGAAUGGCUUAAACAGAAGAAAAUACGCCUUCUGAAGUGGCCCAGGCAGAGUCCUGACCUCAACCCAAUUGAGAUGCUGUGGCAUGACCUCAAGAAAGCGAUUCACACCAGACAUCCCAAGAAUAUUGCGGAACUGAAACAGUUCUGUAAAGAGGAAUGGUCAAGAAUUACUCCUGACCGUUGUGCACGUCUGAUCUGCAACUACAGGAAACGUUUGGUUGAAGUUAUUGCUGCCAAAGGAGGUUCAACCAGUUAUUAAAUCCAAGGGUUCACAUACUUUUUCCACCUGCACUGCGAAUGUUUACAUGGUGUGUUCAAUAAAAACAUGGCUACUGUAAUGUUACUGUAAGGGAACAGACAUACAGCUAAUAGGAAUAAUGUUACUGUCAGGGAACAGACCUGGGGGGUGUCUGCUAUCACAGGGGAGAAUAAUAAUAAUAUAUAGAAUAUUACUGUAAUAAAUCACUAUCAGAGCUCAGACAUGAGGGCAACAGCUACUGUCUACUAACGGGGGAUAAUAGAAUAUUACUGUAAUAUAUCACUAUAAGAGCUCAGACAUGGGGGCAACAGCUACUGUCUGCUAUCACAGGGGGGCACUAAUAAUAGAAUAUUAUUGUAAUCUAUUAAUGUUUGCAUGUGGUUUAUACAGAGAUUGACAGUUUCAGUGAUUCACUGUGUGUGUGUGUAUAUAUAUGUAUAUAUAAUUAUUGCAUAGUGUUUAUAUAUGUAGUGAUUCCCUGUUUAGAUGGAGUCUGUCCCAUUUAAACUUGUUGUUUAUCCUUUGAACUGCUCUGAAUUCUAAAUGUGAUGUAUUUUCACUGUGUUUUUUAAUAUAAAUUGUUUUGAUUAGGGUUGUUGGAAUAGUAACUCAUACAGCUUUAUUACAUGGUUAUUUCUUGUGUAAAUCAGUGAAGUUUUCUAAUAACUCAGUUUUGGGACAAGUGAUUUUGUUUUUAAAUUACAAUCUAUAUAAAUGUGUUGCCUGUCUAUAUCCUUUAUUCACACUGAUGUACUAUAGGUAUGCAGGGCUUGGCAUUGAGAGGGAUCUCCUGCUGUGAGCAUUUGUAUGCCCCACUGCACUGAUCCUCCACUUCCUGCUCUGCUGAUUUUUAAAUCUCCCUCCAAAGUUUGCAUCGAGUUGGAGGAGGGGCGUCCUCACUAAACUAUUUAAUUCUUUGAAUAAAUAAAUGUUUCUACACGCACAGAUUACUAUUCAGUGUAUUUAAUUUGUUUUCUAGAGCUACCCAUAACAAGUUGUAGUUCUACUUUGAUCCAUAAUAUGGGUACCCCCCAUUUUAGGAUCUGUGACCCCCAUGAAUUUUGGGGUGAUACCAGGACAGGGUGCUGAAUGAUUGAUAGUGGACAUAGAUGGCAAGUGAGAAGUUAAAUGGAUUUUGAUAUGAUUGUAUGGAAUGUAUUAACAGCGUUUUAGCAAGCAAUAAAAGUAUCAAUGAAUCACUUUUUUGUAGGACUGUAUUAGUCUGUUUUGAUAUAUUUGCAUUGUCAUUAAAUAUGGGCAUUUAAGAAAAUAAACCUGUAGUUUUAUUGUAUCUUAUUUUCUGUUAUUUUAUUGAAAUAAGAUUAUUUUAUUGAAUUUUUAACAGAACUGUGUUAGGCAUAGAAAUCACAUGUCUGUUGGCAUUGUCUGUAAUAUUCAUGAAUAAUGAUUCCAUGCAUUUACUGUUAAAAGCUUCCUGCUGACUGAUCAUGGUGGAGUAGGUUAAUUGAUUAGUGUGUAUUUGGGACUGCUAAUGAUUUGUGCAGGGCGGGUUUUAUUUCAAAAAUAACUAUUGCCAGCCAGUAACUGGUGGUGAGUGGGAGGGGACACAGCAGUCUGGUCUGCUUGAGCAAUGCUUCUAUCCUGGAGGGCAUCUGAGGAGUUAAUUGUGCUGCAAAGGCAGAUUUUGUAGGUUUUAAACAUCUUGCUACAUAUAUACUGCCCUUUUGCUACAUAUAUACUGCUAUAUAUUUUUUUUAUUUUUUUUUAUUGAACCAAUGGCAUUGUGUUUACUCUGCUCAACCAAAAAAAAACACUUUAGAAAAAUUAAAUUAUAGAAGUUCCUCUUUUUAUUUUUGUUUUUAUUUUGUUAAUCCAUAUGUGUAAGAACAACAUGAUUGUAUUCAUAUUCAAUAGGAAAUCUAUCAUUUACAUUUAUUUAUUAAUAUUUUAUGCUUGUAAUGCACAUGAUCAACAGGUAGAAGAUUAAUUGGCUCAGCUGCCCAUCUGUUAGAUUGUAGUCCCAAUUGUUCUGGCUGGCAGACAAGUAUGAUAAAUGUAUUCGUAUUUAUAAAGGUCUAUCAUAGCUGCAUGUUAUUUGGAGUUCUCAUAUUCAUAUUGCAGGAUGAAUGGGCGACGUUUUUGCUCAUUUAAAAGUAUACAUCUGUAAACCAUUUAAAAUGGAGCUGUGCCUUGUGCUAGCAGAGGUUUAGAACAUAUUCCUUGACUUGUACCCAGCUGACAGUGAACUAAAACUUCUGGGCCACCUUUGACUUACAGCAUGUACUCAGAGCUUGCAUCAAUUCAUCCCAAUGGUCUGAUCAGGACAUCCAUAUGUGUUCGCAUUAUACUGUUACUACACCAAAAAAGUCAUUAUUAAGCAUUAUUAUUAUUGCCAUUUAUAUAGCGCCAACAGAUUCCGUAGCGCUUGGCAUGUGUGGUGUAAUACUCCUAACACUCAUCCAGCAAUGUUAAAUGUAUCAAAUUCAUGGACAUUUUAUCUGCUUUUAACACAUUUCAUAUGCUGUCAGGCGCAUUCAUGUGAAAAUCCUCACUCCUGGAAUAAUUCAUUGAAAUUAACAUUGGAUUACUCAUGAGGAAAUUCAUAAAAUGUCACUCAUCAGGGAACAAUUCUGUGCUAAUGUUAUCCUGUUUCUUAACCCCACCAGCAAAACAUAUCAUUUAACACUUGGUGUGUUAGACAUAGCUAAAUUAUAAUAGGCAGCUAUAUUACUACAAGUCCCAUGGAGCUCUAGAAUUUGCUGCCAGACUGUAAUGGACAGAAACGAAGGAGGUCUAGGUUGGUAGCCAUGUAUACCCGUAGAGGAGUGUGUAUUACAAGGUAGAGUCUUGUGUCCCACUUGAGCUUGCUAGAUGUUUUUCUGACAACUCCCAUAACUCUCAGCCCAGACUGGAACGUUAACCUAUGUAUAUCUCCAUGUUUUCUUGCAUAUUUGUAAAAUAGACGACUUUCCUCCUCUUAACUGUAACCCCUAUGUAUUCAGCUAGAGUAACUAUUUCCUGCUUGUCUUAUUUAUGUUUCGUGUCUAUUUUCCCCACAGCCUUGCACUGUCGAUGCUCUAAAUGUUUUACUGGCCCUCCCAAGCGUCGGGUGAAAAGACGCCCACGGUUGCUGACCCUUCUCAGCCUCCCAGAAGACGUCCUACUUUAUAUCCUGGAGUGCCUACCUGCCGUGGACAUCCUUUCCAUGCGAGAUGUAAGCGUUUGUGUUGUUGAUUAUUUGUACAUGUCGAUUCCUUAUUAAUGGCCAUUUAUUUACAUGUAAUUGCUAUGUAAGUAAGCGUACAGUCUUCUGGUCGGUGAGCGAUAUCUGUAGUGUCAUUUUUCAUGAUCCCGUAAUGAACUGCAAACAUUCCUUUAUUAUUAUUAUUAUUUUUUUUGUUGUACACCUGUCUCCUUUGUUAUAUCCCACUGUAGGUGUGUGUGUGUGUGUGUGUGUGUGUGUGUGUGUGUGUAUAUAUAUUUUUAUUCAAAGGCUAAAGAUAGUUCUUAUUUUUAUUUUAGGUGCAUCCUCAACUAAGAUCUCUGGUGGAUAAUCACAGCAGCGUUUGGGCCCGUACUGGUUUUCAAGAUGUAUGGCCUUCCCCAGAAAACUUGCAUCUCUUUGAAAGGUAUACUUCAGAAAAAAAUGGAUCAGGAGGUGUUAGGAUAAAGCUAUUGUUUGGUGGGAUUAAAUAUUAUGUAAGGAAAUAUCUAACCCACCAUCCUUUCAGUGGGGCAGUAAACCUCCUGUAGAUGUGACUGGGGUGCUGACUUCACAGUAGCACGAGUGUUUGAUACACAGGGGGUUUGUGCAUGAAAGGAGAUAAGGAAGAACAUGGGGGAAUAGAAGAAUAUUGGACAUCUGGCAUAAUCCAGUGGCAGUUUAUUGGGCUGUCACAUUGCUAAGCUUACUUGCCGAUUUAGUAGUUUAAACCUUCCCACGUUUGGUUUAAAAUCUUAUAACAAAAGUAGUCCUAACUUUUUGCAGUUUUUUUGGGGGGAAAACAAACAAACCGUAUUAUUUAAAUAAUGGAUUUAUCUUAAUUUCAGGUCCUGAAUAAUUUCAGGUCCUGGUAUGACCAUAACUGUACCAUGUCCACUAUAUAUUUUUUUUUUUUAAAUGAAUAUUUUUCUAACUUUCUUUUAUUUCACUCUGACCAGGGCGGCAGAAUGCGGGAAUUUUGAAGCAUGUGUAAAGCUGGGAAUUGCUUACUUGUAUAAUGAGGGAUGUAAGUAAAAACCUCUUAUUCUUCUGAGUUUUUUUUAUAUUAUCUCCCUCCCCCCCCACCCCCCAAUAUGUGCAAUAUGUUGCAUUCUCACAGCUGUAUGUCUUCUGUGUUACUUUGUAUCCUUCAAGUAGCUUCUACUGCUGUUUUCUACCAUUUCCUCAUUAUAAAAAAAUUAAUUAUAUAUAUAUAUAUAUAUAUAUAUAUAUAUAUAAUUUAUUUUUUUUCUCGCUCAUUGUGUACACUCGACUAGAUUCUUGCGCUCUUGUAAAACUUUCCAACUAUGCCCACUUUUGUGACCUCAUGCAUGUGGUGGCAUAAAUGAAAAUGAUGCAGCUGCUAACUGCUUUAUGUGCCAACUCUCAAGAUGGAGGCACGCAAUGGAAUCAGACUUGUUACCAUGGCAAGGUCUUGCAAAGACCCCACAAGUGACAGUGCUUCAUUAAAAUGACAUUAAAGUACCAUAACUACAAUGGCAUACUGUAACAGUUAUAAUUCUUGGUGGCUUUUUGAGUUUGAGUUUUGCAAAAAAGUUAUAAUUUGGAAGUUUUACUACUUGAUGAUCGGUUCAAAUAUCUGUAUGGUAUGCCUCUGCAUAUUGUGUGACUGUGAGCCCUGGGGUAUAGGAGGAUUCGGCUGAAUUAAAUCCUCCCAACCUAUUUCGACAUAACUGUAAUGUCUUGACUUUCUAUACGAUUUGAAUAAUUGUUAAAAACAUUUAAUGGCACAGAGUUGAAACAGACGGCUUCUGUUGGUGCCAUGGGUAACUUUUCUCAUACCCAAAUGUGUGUGUGUUUUUUUUUGUUUGCUUGCUUAACAUUUGACAGCGAACGUAUCACCUUCAUAUCUAGUGGUAAGAAAUUCCCUUGAUGUCAUGACACAACACAGGUAUAUGGGGAUUAAAUGGCUAGAUUCUUGACAGUCUUCUCUAAUUUUAUGCAGUAUCCAUGUCAGAUGAUGGACGGGCUGAAGUGAAUGGACUAAAGGCCUCACGUUUCUUCAGCCUGACAGAGCGUCUAAACAUUGGAGCAGACCCCUUCAUCUGGCUGUUCAUUCGCCCACCUUGGUCGACCUCUGGAAGUUGCUGCAAAGCUGUGGUGUUUGAUAGCUUGAAGGAGGAGUGUGCUGCUGCUGUAACUCCUGGUGAAGGGUUAAAAAAGGUGAGCAGCACAGAAUUCUAAAAUAUCUCGAAGUUCUGUCUGAAAGCAUUGGAAAAUAAUUAGGUGACUCAAGAUUGUUUCCAAAUGUGGUGUCCUAUUGCAUCAGGGUCUGACAAACGCCUAGCAGAGAAGGCUCUCAGUCACAUGCUGGUUUAAUUUAAAUGUUGUAAUCUUAUUAGAACUGCCAACCUAACAAUUGGGUCUACAUUUUAAGUAGCAAUCUUAUUGAGAUCUUUGAGUGUUCUUAGAAGAAUUACUGUUAAAUCUCACCCAUUAAACACCUUAUUUUCCCCUACACCCCAGUUGCUGUCCUUCACCUGGCAGAGAAGACAUUCAUAUUUCCUCAAAAGGCUUCAUUUACAUGAAACCAAAAAAAUUAAACUGCUUCUUUUAUGCCAUUAUUUCUCGCUGAAUAGGAGCAUGUAUGUCAACUGCCCUCUCACCAGGGAGCGAUCAGGGCAUUAUUGCAGACAGCAGUAGCUUUCAUAGUAAAGGUGCUUGGCUUCCAUCAGGUAGCUGUACUUACUGUAUAUGGGCAUAUAUUUAUUAUGUGUUGAGUUGCUUGCUUCUCUGUUCCACACUGCAUUAAUCUCUGAUAUGCUCCUUAUGAUUUCUGCUAACGCUAAUAUUCUCUUUUUUUGAAGGGUCUCCGGGGUUCUAUCCAGUAUUGUUUGGCAAAAGUUCUAAGCUUAUUUGAGGUAAGAAAUCAUUUCUCUUCUGUAAAUGUGCCAACACUGGGACUUCUUUAAACUUACAUAAUCUGUACUAUUCCAUGUUUUCUUGGCAUUACAAAUGCCUCUGGGGGAUAAAAACGAGAAACUGGUUCCUGGUUCCUAGAUGCAUUGUACUUUCAAAUGUUUUUUUGUUUCUACUUUAUUUGAAUUAACCUUUCAUGCUUCCAAUGCAUAUUUAGUAACAUUAAAGGACCACUAUAGUCACCCAGACCACUUCAGUUCAAUGAAGUGGUCUGGGUGCCAGGUACCCCAGGUUUUAACCCUGCAGCUGAAACUGCUAUGUUAACAUUAGGGUUAAUCCAGCCUCUAGUGACUGUCUUCCUGACACUCGAUGCGAAAAUUGCAUAGGGCACGCAGAACGUUGAUAGGAAAGCAUUGAGAAAUGCUUUCCUAUGGGCGUUUUUUAAUGCACGGCUCUGGCCGCGCAUGCGCAUUCUGCUCCACUCAACGUCGGAGGGGGAGGAGAGGUCACCAGUGCUGGAUUAAGGUAAGGGGCUGAAGGGGUGCCCUGAGGGUUGGGGGGGACCUAAGGACUAUAUAGUGCCAGGAAAAAAAGUUUGUUUUCCUGACACUACGGUGACCCUCUAAGUUAUUGACUGGGCAUUUAUUUGUUUAUGGUUAAUCCUAAUGAAUGUCCAGCUUUGCGGUUUUGUUUUGAUUAGUUGUGAUAUUAGGCACCUGCCAUCUUGAUUGCAUGCUUUAGGCAAAAGGACAGAGCUGGAUAAAACGCUUGCUGAGUGGAGGAAAAUUCUUCCAAUUUUGUUAUUUUAUC